AUGAAGUUGACGUCUACCAUCACCGCCACCUUGCUGGUCUUUGCCAAUGCUGCAAGCGCUGGCCAGUGUACAGCUGGCUUGAAGUAUUGCGGAAGUGUUUUGGUCGAUGCCGGAUAUCAUGAUAUUAUUCAACAGACUCUCCGGUCGUCGGGCAAUGUUUUUCUUUCGAAUUCCCCAGGCCUCUGGUGGGGAACUUACUGGCAGUGCAAUCCUGGUGGCUCAAUUACCUAUCUGGGAGGUUGCGCUGGUGGCUGUUUCGACCGUGGAGUGGGCAACAGUGACUAUUGCAGCGAUGACGCGUCCAAUUGGCUGUGA